CGCAACAGCUAAAAUAUUUUCUUUGAUCAUGUCGAUUUGUGACUAAACUAAGCCUUUUUUCCAUGUAAAUUUCAACAAAUGCUGAAUAUUGAUAUCAACAUUUUCUAUUAAGACACCCAAUGGUGUUUGAAAACGUGUCUUUAGUCGGAUAGAAGGUCUCUCUUUCGUGUCCUACAGCAAUAAGGUCACGCCAUGGAAGCUGGUAAUGAAGAUGACCUUGACACUCACAUGUGUCUGACAUGUGAGACAACAAUCAUUGGCUUAGAGAAUUAUGUCAGGCAUAAAAAGUUGGAAUGUCCCCACAGAAAAGGUACAAUUUCAAAAAAGCCCGGGACUGGUCCGUCUCAUCAUGCUGGUCCCAUGUCUGUCGAUGUCCACGAAGUCGGCCACCUUCAUCCGCCAAGUCACAUGAGCCCAUCGACGAGCGGAAUCGUCAAUCCGAAUGUCGUCUUGGGAUCGAACAAUGACGAUGUGGACAAGUUCAACGACUUUAUCUCCUGUUUGGCCUUGCAGAGUCGCUCUAAUAUGCCAGAUAAAUCAACGGAAAAAAGACCAAAUGACCUUGACCUAAUGGAUCUUGGGUCUUCGAAUCUUUUGACUCUAAAUCUUGGCUUUAGCAGCGAUUCGGAUCCGGAUUUGUCAGAAUAUUUGAAGGAUUCCGAUGAUGAUUAUUAUCCGCCGGAAGGUCAUACGGGCGGGAAAUGGAAGCCGCCAGAAUGUACAGGUGGCAAGUGGAAAUCUCCCGAAAGUACGGGCGGGAAAUGGAAGCCACCGGAGACUCACACUGGAGGAAAAUGGAAACCUGGAGCUAGGCCUCCAAGAAGCUACACUGGUGGGAAAUGGAAACCAGGGAUGGGGCCUCGACCUAUCAGCAGAAAGAGAGCUAGGCACAUGAGUGGUGAUGAUGUUGAAGAUGAAGAUGAUGAUGAGGAUGCUGAUGCGGAUACAGAAACUGAAGAGGAGUGUGCGCCGACUGGAGGCAAGGAUAGACGGACUGGAGGAAAGGUUUUCAAGCAUCUUGUCAAGGAGGGAGAAACGGGGGGCAAAGUUCAUGGAACUAGGGAUAAGGAGGAUGAUGCUCCAGAAGAUGAGGACAGACCCCUGAACCAGACAAAUGAAACUGCAGACAGAGAGACUGAAGUAACAGCCGCAGAUAGGCCUACUGUAGCCACUGAGAUCGAUGGUAGAGCAACAGGUAGCGACAUUGCAGCUCCUGAGAAAGAGAGCGUUGCAGAGGCCAAGGUAGAUGAGGUCACUGACAGCAUACCUCCGAAGGCAGCAGAGGAAACCGUCCUGCAAGAUGAGAGUAGUACGAAUGAAGACUCUAAUUCUGAGAAAGGACACUAUUGCCCAAUAUGUAAAGACAAGUUUUACAAUCAGUACAGCAUGGCACGCCACCUUUUGAGCCAGUACCACCACAAUCGUGCCAAAGGGCAUCCCGAGUCUGUGCAGCUUUUCGAAAAGUAUCACCUGCUGAUUCUAAGGUUGAGCCCAUUUCAGUGUGGGUCUUGUAAGUUCUAUUGUAAUUCGAAUGAGAAUUUGAAGUUGCAUUUGAAGAUGCGUGAUCACAUUGACAACAUGUCAGGUAAUCUUGGUCCACAGUUGUGCACCUUGUGUCGGUUCAUGACCGAUGAUAAUGAUGAGAUGGUCGAGCAUAUCGGCAGCGACGGCCAUGUUGCGCGCGUAACUGAACUCACGAAAAAGCGACCGUGCGUAAUUCGCGAAAAUCGCAAGAAGGUCGACUGCAAACAGUGCGGUUUAACAGUACAUUGUGUCACCGAUUUAAAGAAGCACAUUUUGGCAAAACAUGCCAAAGAUACAAGCAGGAAGCGCGUGAAACGUACAUGUUUGCAUUGUGAUAAGGUUUUUUCUUCGCAGAUUUCCCUCGGGAUUCAUGUGCGCCGCCGUCAUACGAAAGAAAAACCGUUCACGUGUGAACCGUGUCAAAAAUCUUACGCAGAUAAGUAUACUCUGCAGCUACACAUGAAUACGAAAGCUCAUGCCACAGUGACAGCACGUUCAAAAGACGAAGUGAUGCCAUUGUGUCCUGUCGUCAAACCAAAGAAAGUCCGCGGAAAACAUGUGCCUGUCCAUUAUUGUGAAUUCUGUGAUUUCAAGACGGGAAAAUUUACAGAUUUGCGUCCCCACUAUGUCAAAGAGCAUCCGAACGAAGCAAAAACUUGCAAGCAUUGCGCCGUGACGAUGUUUCGUACUACCGACUUCAAGAAUCAUCUGGAAACGAAACGACAUAAAACGUUGGCAAAAUUGUCAGAAGAGGGAGAUAGUGCUUUCAAGUGCCUGACUUGCGAACGCGUUUUUCCCAAAGAGAAGAGUCUCCUGUUACAUAAGUUGUCUCAUCGAUGCGGUACUACAUCAAAAGACGAGUAUUACGAAAUCAAAGAAAAGUACAAAGACUUCCUAGCAGGCCUCCCGAAGCUUCGAACCAAGAGCCUUAUCAGUUGCCCGGAUUGCGAUAAAAGUAUAACACGUGUUGGCGUCAUGCAACACCUCCGCACGCAUACUGCUGUGUCUCAACAAUGCAGCGCAUGCUCUCGGUCUUUUUCAUCCGUCCCGUCGUUAAAACGCCACAUCGAACGCGCCCACACCAACAUGGAGCCGAUAGUCUGCGAGGAAUGUGGAAAGCGGUUUGUAAAAUCGUACUCCUACCGCCAACACGUGGCGAUCGUUCAUCGGAAUGCGCCGAAGAAUUUCGUCUGCGAUACAUGUAAUCACGCAUUUGCCUCAAAGUGGCAGCUGACACACCAUAGUAAGAUUCACGGCCAGAAGCACUUGAAGUGCACAUAUGACGGAUGUAGCCUUCUUUUCCGUUCUCGUAGCGAUAUGACAAUUCAUUUACGCACGCACACUAAUGAACGGCCAUUUUUGUGCGACACUUGUGGGUACCGCGGAAAAAGUCGAAAUCAGUUGACGAGGCAUCGUCGUACUCACACAGGGGAACGCAACUUCAGCUGCGAGUAUUGCCCAUAUAAGGCGUUGAAUAGCACCCACCUCCGUCGACACAUGAGAGUCCACAUCGGUUCCAAACCGUACAAAUGUCCGUAUUGUUCCUAUGAAUGCAACACGCAUGAAAAUAUUCGUAAGCACAUCAUGAAGACAAAGAAACACGCUGGACUCAAAGUGUAUGUUUGUAAAUUCUGCAAAUUCAGUUCGAACGAUUCGAAGCCAUUUCGUGAUCAUCUCGUGUCGGAUCAUAAGGCGGAAAUGAAGAACAGUGACUUGGAUGUUGUUUCCGUUUAUUCUGGGUUGUAUAAGCGAGAGGGUGACCCCAAGGCACCGCUAGAGGGCGAACAGGUCUUGCCUAUAAAGGAGCGAACGAAGCGACAGUCGCCAAAGGUUACUAGGAAACGUUCGGACAAGAUUGCUAAACUGAAAGUCGCAAAUGUUUUCACGCUGAAGGAAAUGUCUGAAGCAGGCAUGGAAGUUAUUGAGGUGCAGGAGGUGGAGGUAUUCAUUAAAGAACCUGAAAGUGACACACCACAAGCUGCAAGUGUAAUUCCUACUACUGGUGUGAUAGAGGCCAACAAUAUACCAAACUUGCCACAGCUGAAAGAGGAAGACAAAAAAGACGUAGCUUUUGGUAAAUAUACUUAUGUUCCUGUUUCCUGGCCGGCUGUCGCCGAAGGAAAAGUCCCAGUUCCAUCUACUUUGCCAUCCACCUCUGAACAAGCUUUGGGAAACUCGGCGGUUCCUGUGCUACCAUCUUUGCCUGGUGGUAUUUCCUAUGGAAAGUUACGUGCGCUCCUCAACGAUGAUGCGUACAUUGGUCAGUUACCGGAAACUUGUGAUCUCCAGUUGAUUGGAGUGUCUGUCAAUCAAGCUGAUGAAAAUCAUGCUCAGUCCUCAGGUAUAUCUGUCCAGUCAAAGACCGAUGUUAUUGUUUUGCCUGUGUACACCUCAAAAGGCAAUCCCAACAUUUGCCCGUCACUGUCCGACUUGACUAAGCCUGGCUUGACACAUCUAGUUUCACUGCACCAACUCGCGAUGUUUCCUCGCAAUGUUGUCCUGUCGUUUUUUGCGGGCGUACGAGAUGCUGCGCCACCAAAGGCGCAGUCAGUCAUUGAAAUGUCCGACUCGAAGGAUUUAUCAAAAUCGUUGUUGUUGGUCGAGAAAGCGCGGACACCUCAAUCUUUGGUCCCUGUUCAUCAUUUGAUUCACGUGCCAAAAGACUUCUUAUCUGCCCUUCUGGAAAUUGCCAAGUGCGCAAAUAGUUCUAAAACAGAGGCAGCUGGCGCUGGGGAAGAUGAUAUACUUGUGUACGAAUCUUUGUCGUCAAGGAAAGAUUUGAAGCACCCAAUUCAUGCUAGUUCUGCUGUCGACACAACAACCAAUGAUGGACAGUAUCUCGCAACUUCUUCGAGUCAUGCAGACGUCGUGAUCCAACACAGCUUGCAGACGACAUCAGCGGCCGACAUCAUGUUAGAAAUGGCCGAAGUUGUGCUCUCCUCUUGUGACACGAAACCGAGUCAAAAAACCCUGCAGCAAUAUGGGGAGCAGACGUAUUCAGUCGAAGACCUUGAGCCAUCCGAGUCGAUGGCAAUUCAGUUGUUGAGUCAUUUAGCACAGGGUGGUAUUACAACGACUACCGGUUAACCAUUCUCUACGCAUUGAAGGUUUAGAAUAGAACAAUACAGCGCGAUAUCAAACUCCUAGCAAAUCAUUUUUCGGUGCAUCGAGUUGGUGCUGCGUUUUGACAUGAACCAAUUACCUCUUCACAAAACACAGGAGGUUGAUGAAGGCUUGAAACACAACACACACUAGACUGGACAGUUCAUUAAGUGCAAAAACAGAGUUCCUGAUGAAAGGAUAUCCAAUCUUUGGUAAAAAAGAAGUCUGGCGCAAGUUGUGAAGUGUCAAAUAGGUAUUGAGUAAGGGGAUUGAGGGGGUUACCGAGUCCAUGUUAACUACUGCAUUACUGUAAUAGCAAGACACUACUGUAAUGGCAAUAUUCAUAUAAUGUACACAACUUGCAUGUUUUUCAUGUGACACUGUAAAUUCUUUCAAUGUCGUUGAAUUGCUGUCGAGGCGCAUUUGUGACCCAUCACAGCAAAACAAGGCCCAUGUCGCACAGGAGAUGAGCCAUAAUGAUACCAGGAGAUAUUAGAAGAAAUUGAUUUACUCGUCAGGCAGACAACAAUGAAAUGAACAACCAGUCGGUCUCAACCUGCCAAGCUCAGACAGAGUGACAUGCGCCUGGUUUUGCUGUGACGGGUAGCAUUUGAUUGUUGUAAAUAAUGUUAUGCUCACUGUGCAUGUAGUGAGGAGAUUGUUGUAAAUAAUGUUUGAAUCGUGUAAGUUUGGUCCUAAAGGAGAUUUUCCGUUAAAAAUUUAGAAUUUACAAUUUAUUGAGAUUUACAAUUUAUUCCUAAAGGAGAUUUUCAAUUCAAAAUUUACUGUUUCUUGACACUUAGAAGGAUCACAUCUCUUGUGUAGCUAGGAGUCUCCCAUUUCGUAUGUACGUAUCCGAGAGGGAGGGUGGUUCAAGAAUUCAAGUGUCACUGUACAUUCACCAGUGUAUUUUGCAUUCACAGAAUUUUAGGGGGAGGGGAGGAGGGUCUAAAAUUCUCGAAUUCUACGCGUAAGUAGGUAAUGGAUGGCCCCCCUAUUUUUGAUCGAAAAAUCAUUUGUGAUCGAGGAUACUAAAAUGAGUCACAAUGACCAAACAAUGGGAAAUGAGUGACUCAUUUUGCUGUCCUCCUGUGUCAGAUUUCCUUUUUUUCAUAUCGAGUACCCCUCCGAUGCUAUCGCUACAAACUCCGUAAUUAUUCUGUCCAUUGGCCUCAUGGCACAUUGGUUUUUGAGGCUGGGAUAUUGUCUGUUUUCUCGAAGUAUAAAAAAUGUUGCAUACAAUUACUUUA